UAAGUGCAUGUUCACGCAAUAUAUUAUACCUGUUGAAAGAUAUAUUUUAUACUCGGAACAGAAGCCAAAACUAGGAUAUAUUUCUGUCUGGUUCUGUGUAUACUCUCUAUGUUACUCAUUAAAGUUUCAUCUAUAGUGAAGUUACGAUUCUGGAGGUACUCUAUCAGUAUCCAAUGUUCCACCGCCUGUUUCAAGAACAACUUUACAGAUCACUUGUAAUAGUCAAAUAAACUUAACAAUUUACUCCGUUGCCGUACAGACUGGUUACCAACUUUUAUUAUAUAGAGAGGUACAUUUGGUAGCUGGGCAGAAAUUUGAUGUAUUGAUGAUAACAGAUGAAGUAAAUAAAGCUCUACAAAAAGAUUUUCACAUAUUUUAUAUUAAGUCUUUACUGUUGAAUUCACGGACAGCAAGUUUUAUAACGGCGUAUUUACCCAAUACAGAAAACGAUUGGUGUGAAAGUGAAUUUGGACAAAAUAAUGAGACGACUGUUUCCCCCACUGGAUCAUCUUUUAAUUCAAGACAAAUUAAUGAAUUUAGUAUAAGUGAUGCUGUUUUCAGUGUUUUAGAAAUGAUAUCAAAUUUAGAUCAUUUAGUGUUAAUGGUUGAGAAUCAUUAUGCGAUAAUUGGUGAUGAAAUCAAGAGGAAAGUUGCAACUAGAGGUGUUCAAAUAACCUACUACCAGACCCGCAUGUUCACUUCAGAUCCAAAUCUCAUUAUUACCCUAGAGACUAUACACACUACCAGACAGAAAUAUAUACUAAUUUUAGCUUCUCUUAAUAGCAUACAAUAUAUCUUUCAGCAGGUAGAUAUAUAUGAACACAGAAAGGGGAAGAAGUUUACAUUAAGUCAAACCACACGAUGGCUGACGGUUGUUCCCGAAACAGAUGAAUCGAAGUCUAUGAUACAGGAAGCAUCAUAUAAUAUAAAUAAUAUAGCUGUAAUAACUGUACCUAAGAUUGGUAUCAUGAGAAAAAUAUCGGAGUAUUUAUCGCUGUCUCCAUUUCAUACCAAUUUUCUGUAUACAUUAUUAUGGAAGCCUGAAGGUCGAAGAUUAAAUCUUGUUGCGUAUCUUAACAGUAGAUGUAUUAGGAAAACGAAUAGAGAUAUAUUUCCAAAUGUUCACUUUGGACUCAACAAUCGAACAUUAGAUGUGGUUGUAAACACUUAUGAACCUUUUAUUUAUAAAACCAUUUUAAAAAAAGAAACUGUAUAUACUGGUAUAUGCAUGGAUUUAUUAAAAGAACUUUCAAGAUUAAUGAAUUUCAGCUAUAUAAUCGUUCAGUCCCAAGAUGGUGAAUGGGGAGAAGUAACUGAAGAUGGAAAUUGGACAGGAAUAAUCGGUGAAUUACAGAAUGAGAAAGCGGAUAUCUCGGUUGCCCCUGUAUCAGCGACGGCCAAACGUAAAGAGGUUGUUAGCUUUUCGUAUCCAUUUUACAUUGAACACACGUCUAUUAUUCUAAAACCAGCAGGUGAACGUGAAAAUAACUGGUUCACGUAUUUUAAACCUUUUAGCUCACACGUGUUGAUAUGUGUGUUAGUUUCACUGGCACUAGGAACCAUGGUAUUGUUUGCUGUUGAGAAAUGGAAUCCAUUUUAUGAAAAACACCCGAAUACUCCAGUUCAGAAUUUCUCGGGUGUGUUUUGGUAUCUUUAUGGGGCAAUGUUAACACAAGGAGGAGAAAGACUUCCAGAAUCACUUGCAGGGCGGAAGUUCAUCAGUUUUUGGUGGUUAUUUUGUAUAAUGUUGGUAGCUAUUUAUAGCGGUAACCUUAUGGCUUUUUUAACCAUUGCUCGAGUCAAUGUACCAUUUGAUACGUUAGCAGGAAUGGUAGAUCAAGAUGAAUAUAAGUGGGGUACACUCGGUGGUUCCGCUUACACGGAUCUCUUUAAUAAUGCCACAACAGAAAUAUACACUCAAAUUGGUAAUGGACUUGCCCGUUUCAGGAAGACAGAUAGUGACGUCAUAAGUUCUGUUCUUGAUGUUCACAAAACUAAAUUGACGCAAGAGAAGUAUGCCUAUGUUGGAGAUAUGAUGGCUCUCCAGUCAUUCAUGAAGGCAAAUAACUGCAGUUUACAUAUAAUAAAAGAGAAAUUUCUUCCCCUAUACUACAGUGUUGCUCUACCAAUGAACUCUAGUCUACAAGAUAUAAUAUCUAAAGAAAUUAUUCGAAUAACUGAAUCUGGAUUAUUAACCAUGUGGAUGAACAAAUGGUUGAGAAACGGACGAUGUCUAGAUGCUACGGGGGCGCUGGAACUAUUAGAGGAUAUGGAAAGCGAGUUUGAUGAUACUGAUAAUGAUCCAGAUUAUAAAACGUCUGAUUCCGAUGGUGAUGAUACUUCUGAUGAUCAGUUCUUCACCACAAAGAAAUCUUCUGCACAUAACAAGGCACGAGAUGAUGUACAUGAUGACCAAGACAACACACAAGAUGGUGGACAACAAGACAACACACACGAUAAUGGACAACAAGGCAACACACACGAUGAUGGACAACAAGACAACACCCAAGAUGAUGGACAACAAGACAACACACAAGAUGAUGGACAACAAGACAACACACAAGAUGGUGGACAAGACAACACACACGAUAAUGGAAAAAAAAGACAAUACACAAGAUGAUGGACAACAAGACAACACACAAGAUGAUGGACAACAAGACAACACCCAAGAUGGUGGACAACAAGACAACACACAAGAUAAUGGACAACAAGACAACACACAAGAUGAAGUAACAGGGAAACAAAACAUUCAGGGGAGCAGAAUAAGACAGGCAAAUCAAGCUAACUGGAAACGAAAUGUCAGAAAGAAGUUAUCUGAAAAAAACCCAUGUCAAUUCAGCUGGAAAACUCAUGUCAGAAAAAACUCCAGUACCCUGUAAUUGUAAUUGCAGAUACAAAUGCAACAUGGAUUUCAAUGAAGAUGAUUGAGCUGCAAUUUGUAAAGCUUGUUGGGAUUUAGCUGACUAUAAGAGACAAAAGGAUUAUCUGCUGUCAAGAAUAGAGGUCUUUAAUGUACAGCGAGUGCGUGUUCAAAAGAACCAACGCAAAAGAGCCAGAAUUCUGUCAAUUUUGUACUCAUUGCCGAAAAUGUCAACAGAAAAAUUACAACAAAAACGUGUAUGUAAGAAAUUUUUCUUAUCAACACUAAACAAGAUAAUGGAUUCUGUGUGUUAAUGUUCAAUUUGUUAAAAUGUAUUUGAAUUAGGUCUUCAGAUAGUGGAUUCUGUGCGUUAAACAUACAUUAUGCAAGAGCUAAAUCUGAUUAUUGCAAGUCUUUAUUUAGGCUUCAGAUGUCAUAGAAAUUAUAAAUUAGAUCUUUAUUUACACAACAAGCACAAAAUCAACUCUGUAGACCCACGGAUGGCUUGGAUUCGGCUUGGAUUUAAAGAGGAUUUCGUUGAUUGAUUAAAUUUUUAAAUGGCGUCGUAAGCGGAGAUUAACCGUUACGUUGACGUCAUACUCCCGGAAAUAAUUUUAGAUCGAGGCUAAAUGAUAGAUUGUGCGAAGCGAGGCCGCUUUUGAGCGUGGCCGCAUGUCAGUCAAUUUGAUUGAAAGUUCGAUAUAUACGGCCUUGAUAUUAUGUUUAGUUGUGGUUAAAAUGAGAGUUUGGAUGUCGGUAUUAUACGCUCUUUUGUCACUUGCGUUUACAGAAAAAUUAUGGAAAUUGAUAAACAUCGCAGCUAACAUCACCCCAGUUAAAUUGCAGCUCCAUUGGAUCACUGUUCGUGAGUUACGUAGACCUACCAGUUACAGUACAAGAGUACACGCAGGCUAACAAGAAGUCGGCUAUAAUUAUGCCUCAUUGAUUUGGUCCAUUCCUUUCAAACUUUCGCUUCUUAUCUAUAUAUUAAAAGUCUUAUUUUUAAUUUGUAGUAAAAAUAAAUGUGAAUCAGUGAUACGAAUUGAAUUGCAACCCCGUCUCAAACCACAGCCAUUGAAAACGUUACUUGAUAAUCGAGAUUAUGUAGGUGGAGUUAACGAUCGGAGACGGUGAAGAGAGAUUUGACUCCUAUUUCUAGUCAAAAAUUACAAUAGUGAUAACUUUGUUCAGAAUAAAGUAAUUUGACUGGAAUUUUCAAUAUAUUCUUCUUUCAUCGUCUAUUUUGAACUGUUAUAGCAAGAAUGGCCAACUCUCUAUUAAAAUCUCCCAUAAUGUACCUUUAAUGUUCAAUUUGUUAAAAUGUAUUUGAAUUACUUGUUU